AUGGCGGCUCGGCCGAGGCGGCAUCGUUCGCGAUACGCAAAGCUUCCACGGGGUGAUUUUUGUGAUGGCGCUAAGAAGACAACUGACAAACACUCUUGUACGACUUCUAUGGAGUGGGACACGCAGGUAGUGAACGGGUCUUCGCCGCUUGGCCCCGCAGGCCUGGGGACGGAGGAGCCGCCAUCCAGCCCGCGGUUGCCGUCGUGGCUGCAGCCCGAGAGGUGCGCCGUGUUCCAAUGCGCACAGUGCUACGCCGUGCUCGCUGACUCUGUGCACCUCGCCUGGGACCUGUCGCGGUCCCUCGGAGCCGUGGUCUUCUCCAGAGUCACCAAUAACGUGGUUUUGGAAGCUCCCUUCCUAGUUGGCAUUGAUGGUUCGCUCAAAGGCAGCACUUACAACCUUUUAUUCUGUACUUCCUGUGGGAUUCCCAUUGGUUUCCAUUUGUAUUCUACCCAUGCUGCCCUGGCUGCCUUGAGAGGUCACUUUUGCCUGUCCAGUGACAAAAUGGUGUGCUAUCUGUUAAAAACAAAAGCCAUAGUAAAUGCCUCUGAGAUGGAUAUUCACAACUUGUCUCUACCAGAAAAAGUUGCAGAGGUGACUGCACAUAUUCAAGGCUGGGUUCUCUGAGGACUGACAGCAGACUCUCAUAUGGUGGGGAAAAGAGAUAUCAGUGAAAUACUCUCCAGCUCACUAAAACAGAUAAGUAGACAACAAGCUGAGGACUGGGUGUUUAGUAUCCAGAGUUACUAUAAUAUAUUAUUUGAAAUGUCCAAUUUGUGGGGUGCCUGGCUGGCUCCAUUGGUGGAUGUGUGACUCUUGAUCUUGGGCUUGUGGGCUCGAGCCCCAUGUUGGUUACUUAAAAUCGUAAAAAAAUUUUUUUUACAAAUAAAUGUCUAGUUUGCAACAAAAAAUUAGAAAACACUCAAAGAGCAAAGUAUGACCCAUACAUGGGACAAAAAGCAGGCAUCUAUAACUGCCUAUGAAAGGGUCCAGAUGUCGGACUUAGCAGACAAAGCCUUCGAAGCAGCUAUUAUAAAUAGGUCCAAAAAACUAAAGGAAACUGCUUAAAGAAGUCAAGGAAGGUAUGAUGACAAUAUCUCAUCAAAUAGAGGAUAUCCUUAAAGAGUUAGAAAUUAUAAAAAAGAACCACUUGGAAAUCCUGGAGUUGAAAAGUACAAUAACUGAAAUGACAAAUUCACUAGAGGGGCUCAGCAACAGAUUUGAGCUGCCCAAAGAAAGAAUCAGCAAAUUGGAGACAGAUUGAUGAGGUUAUGGAAUCUGAAGAAAAAAGAAUGAAGGAAAGUGAACUGAGCUUAAGACAUCUCUUGGGCACCAUCAAGCAUACCUAAAUAUUCUUUGGUAAAAGGGAUACAUACCAAAGGAGUAGAGAAGUAGAAAAGAUAUUCAAAGAAAAAAUAGUAGAAAAAUUCCCAAAUUUGAUGAAAAACAUUAAUUUACAUAUCCAAAACCUCAACAAGCCCACGUAGGAUAAACACAGAAGAGAUACAUACCCCAACACAUCAUAGUAAAAAUGAAGAGUGAACAAAAUCUUGAAGGCGACAGAGAAAUGAUUCGCCACAUCCAGGGGUACUCCAAGAAGAUUAAGAGGCUCUAGAGUUACCUAUUUAAGCAGCAUUUCCUGAUGAACUUUUAUUAUUCUUCUAUCUUGGAUGAUAAUAAAAAGAUUUAGUGUAAAUUAUGUCAGAAAUAAGAUUUUUGCAAAUUAUGUCAGAAAUAAGAUUUUUGUUGACUUCAACAGAAGAUUGUUAUCCAUAAUUCUGUAUUCAAUGAUAACUUUAUUUACUAAGCACAUGUUGUAUGCUAAAUAAUACCAUUAAGUUUGGUUCUUGAUUUAGCUAUUCUUAGGUGAAAGAACUAUUGAAAAUUCCCUAAUUACCACAAACACAGGUUCUUAACCCAACAGCCAGGGCUAGAAGGCCAUUAGCAGAAUAUUGAAGAAAGGCGUUUGUUACUGUGAACAAAGAGGGGAAAAAAGAUUCUUGCCACUAGAAAAAGAGGGGAAGACUUAUUGAUGCUGCUCUCCACAAACUUUCUUACCCCACCGUAUUCUUGUCUUCCUUCCCAAUACUUGGCGUUUAAACCUGGUGAAAAGGGGUAGGAAGGAGGGAGACAGAGAAGAGUGAUGCUCAGCAGUGGCUGGUCUUUUUUCAUAUGAAACUUUGUAUCUGAGGAUCUUACUGUGCUCUGGGUUUGUUGCAUAAAGUUCUUUCAGAAAUAGAACAAGCAUAUUUAUGUAGUGUGUUGAGACAUUGUCAUCUCUCAAUCACUAGUUUAAAUUUGAAGUGGUUUCUAGAAUCAUCAAAUUGAGUGUUAAGCUUAAGAUGCCCUGAUACCAGGGCACCUGAGUGGCUCAGGUCACGAACCCAGGGUCCUCUGCUCAGCAGGGAGCCUGCUACUCCCUCCCCCUCUGCCUGCAGCUCUGCCUCCUUGUGCUUGCUCUCUCUCUGUCAAAUGAAUAAAUAAUAAAAUCUUAAAAAAAAAAAUACCCUGAUA